GGCGGAUUUGGCAACAUGGCGAAAAUCUCGAAGAAUGUGACCUGAAUAUUUUUGUUACUCAAUGAAAGUAACUCUUUCUACUGUCUUCAAGUAAUGCCCAUAGACCAGCUGCCUUUACAUGUGACAAAUAUAGAUGAUCCCUUACAUUUUAUAGAUGGGCAAUUACAGAUAAACCAACAGAUAUUGCAUCCCAAAAAUAAGCUGAAGUUGCCGUUCCCAGAGGUGUAAAUUUGAUACAGCAUGUAUUGCUAAUAAAGUCAAAGGGCAUCAGUUUUCACUGCAAUGAAUAUGGACAGUUUAAAUGAUCCGGGUGAUUCUAGCUCGUCAGAUGAAGGUAGAAUGCAGAUAGAUGAAUCUGCAGGUAGAUCUGACGACGAUGGCCCCAAAAAUACAGUUCAGCCACCAUCAGUUUAUGAAACAUUGAAAGAUGAUGAUGAUGAAGAUGAAAAUGAAGAGAAAGAAGAUGAAGAGGAUGGAAGUGAAAGUGAAGAUGAUGAGGAGGAGGAAGGAGAUGAUGAUGAUGACGAGGAAGGAGAUGAUGAUGAUGGUGACGAAGAAGAAGUGGAAGGCGAAGAAGCAAGUGAUGAUGAUGAUGAUGAUGACGAUGAAGAUGAUGAUGAUGAUGAAGAUGACGAAGAAGAAUGGGAGGAGUAUGAGGAGGAUAUCAGUCUGGCUGCUGGUGUAGCUGUUGACAGUGAUGCGGGGGAUGAGGACCUGUGUCCUAUUUGUCUGAACAGGUUCCGAGACCAGGAUCAAGGCACGCCAGAGUCCUGUGACCACCACUUCUGUCUGGAGUGUAUUCAGGAAUGGGCAAAAAAUGUGAAUACAUGUCCUGUAGAUCGGCAAGUGUUUCGCUUGAUCUUAGCCAGACAUGCUGGAGAAGACAGUGUAUAUAGAAGAAUUACUGUUGAAGAUAAAAACAGCCAGGAAGAUGCGGAAGAUGAAUUAACUUAUUGUGAGGUGUGUGGCAGAUGUGAUCGCGAAGACCGCCUACUUCUCUGUGAUGGCUGCGAUCUGGGGUAUCAUCUUGACUGUUUGAGUCCUCCAUUGGCUAACGUACCAGUGGAUGAGUGGUUUUGUUCUGAUUGUACAGCUGCCAACAAAGGGUCAGUUACCAUUACAAGUGAAGAGGAGGAGGAAGUUCGUCCUCGUCGACGAUUGAUUGCCAGAACGUUAGUGAGUGAACGAGUUCGUACCCUGAUCCACCAGACACGUGUGGAGCGGGCGAGAUUACGGCGGAUUAUCGUAUCAUCCUCAGAGGAUGAGUCCACAACAGCGCCAAAGUCUGCCACUCCGAAAAAGUCACCGGUGAAGAAGAAAACUGUGAAGAGAAGAAAAACAAGGCGAAAGCGGCGUAUGAAGAAGAAGACCAAUAAGGCGGGCACAAAGACUAAAGGAAGGAAACGAAAAACAAGAAGAAGAAAGCUAAGAAAAGGAGGCAAAAGGAGAAAGAUUAGAAGAUUGACAGCUCGCAAGCCUGUUACCACUGUCAAGUCGCGAAUUGCUGAGCGACUUGGCUUAUCAAAACCACCGGUAGGAUUGUCAAUUCCAUUGCAAAAACUCCCUGCUGGAAAGACCAUGGAUAUGCAACGGGCAGAGAUCGGAGUCUCGUCAUUUUCUAUUCUUGGCCAUAAAGAUGAUUUAGACCCUGUUUAUCAAGAUGAAAACCAGAGUGAAGCCCAGCAGCCUGGCACAUCAGCCAGUUGUCAGCCAGCUAGUCGAGUUGUCAAAUACUCAAAGUCAUCACUGCUGUCGCGCAAACCUGUCUUCAAGAUCAGAGCUUCUGCAGAACGAGCAUCUAAUCCGUCCACCACAACUGUUGCGGCUCCCUCUGCAUCAGCCAGUUCCACUCCAUUUGAUAUCCUGGGUUCAAUCAUGCAUGGGCAGUCUUUCCUACAUAUGCAGAGUAAAGAUGUCACCAUACACAAAGAUGGGUCUCUCCAGGCAAACAGGGAGAUUCCCGAAGCAAAGCUACCAGAACCAAAGGACGACAGUAUGUUUGAACUUAACAGUUUCAAAAAAGACAUAAAAGACGAAGAGGCCAAAAGUGGUGAAAGUUUAACCAGUCCUGUGAAACCAUUUAGAAUCUCGAUGAAGAAGAAGGCUGGCCCACCGCUUAGAAAGGCUGAUAGUGAUUACUUGGCAGUGUUCGGCAUCCAGGACAUGGAUGAAAAUUCUCAGGAGAAAGCCAAGGAAAGUGAAUAUGAUCCGUCGGAACCUACAGAAGACGUCGACUUAAUUCCUGAUAAUUUGGCGAAAUCUGUUGAGAGUCAACUUAAAAACAGUCCAAGGGGUCCAUCCACUCUUCCCAUGCACUCCGAUAUUUCUGAUGAUGAUGAUAGCUCGUCAGAAAAGCGUGUUGUAGUGGAAAAGGAUUCGUCUUUAAUGAUUGAGUUGUCGCGUACCGGGGACAACACUCCCGAUUCUCAGAAUUCCUCUUCCAGAAGGCAGGUCUUUGAGGAUGGCGAACACGAAGUGGAAGUGCCCAUGGAAAAAGAAGUGGAAGAUGAAAAAGCAAGUUUCGAAGACGGCGAGAUAGUAAGGACAGAAGAAGAAUCCCAUGAUUCUCUGAGUAAAUGGUCGGUGGGUAGUGACGAAAGUGCUUUAGAGAAAGAAUACCAGAUGAGGAUACACGAGUUCGCACAGCUGACGAAGAAAGAGAAAAAGGUGCAUAGACGAAUGGAGGCCGACCAGGUGGAGGAAGGGGAAGAAAGUGUCUUUGAUAGGUUGAACUUUGGAGAAUAUGACGCAAGGGCGUACAGAAACCGUGAAAAGAAAGAGUCUCGUAGGAGGAGGAGAAGAGAGCAGGAGGAACGGAAGGAGAAACUCUUGUCGGGGAGGCACGAUUCAAAACGAGAAAGUUCAAAACUACACGAGGAAGUGAAAAGUGAUAGGGAAACUAGCAAAGUGUAUGUAGAUGAUAGUAGAUGUGAGAAAGAGGAGUUGUAUGUGUAUGAAGAAACCGAGGUCGUGAGCGAGAAAAGGGAAAAGUCAAAACGUGAUAAGCACAGCAGGUCGGAACAGUAUGUGUACGAGUCCGAUACUCAUGUGAAACAUAAACACCGUAGAGAAAAGUCGCGAUCACAUAGUCGAUCACGAGAGAAAGUGAGAAUACGGUCACACUCCAAAGACCGGUAUAGAACACGAUCUCGCUCGAAAGAGAAGCACAGAAGUAGGUCGCAUUCAAGGGGCAGACACGGGAGUCGGUCCCGAUCUAAAGAAAAGUAUGGAACCCGUUCUCGGGAGAGAAGACGUACAAGAUCACAUGAUCGAUCACGACGAAAAAGGCGCGAACGAGAGCGUGAUAGGUCUGGUUCUGUGGAAAGGUCUUCUGAGCGAGAACGGUCGUCGAAGAAAAAGAAGCGCGAUAAAGAUCGAGAUCGUGAUAAAGAUAGAGAUCGUGAUAAAGAUCGAGAUCGUGAUAAAGAUCGUGAACGAGAAAGAGAACGGAGUCGUGAAAAGAGUGAAAGGAAAACGUGGCGGAGUCGGACUCCCUCAGAUUCUCCUAGUCCGAGAAAACAUUCCGAUAAAGAUAGUCUAACAAAGGAAAACCGUCACUAUCAUAAAAGAAAAAGUGCCCGACUGGAUGACUAUGAUGAUUACCCAGUUCCUGAGAAAGUGAAGAAAACUAAACCUGUUGAAAUUGCAAAACCACAGUUUGAAAAAACCAUCAAAGUUGUUGAACACACAUGCAACUGUCAUGAUCCCAUUGUUAUUGAUGAUGACGACGACGAAGACACUGUGGAGGACAGUGUGAUAUUUGGAAGCAUCGGUGUCAACUUCGAGGACAUACCAACACCAUCUAUGCCACCACCACCUAAAAAGGACGCCCUGCCCCCACCACCUGUGACGAAAGCUGCUCCUCCCGCACCUGCCAAGAAAGACGAUGCAUCUAAGACUGUAGAAGGUGAUGGCAAAAUACCAACGGUUAUCGACCAGAAAAUACAGCAGCCAAGCACGAAAAAAAAUUCUGCCAGCAAGAGUGUGGGAAAACAAAAGAAAAUACCUACAAUUGUCGAUAAAGUAACAUCAGACGCCGACAUUAAGACGAUGGAAAUUGAAAUUGAUGGUGAAAUGCACAAUUAUGACCCAGCUCACCCUACCGAUGAACUAGAAAAGGAAAUGUUGGCUUUCAAUCACAUGAAUCGGCACAGUGCUAACGUAGAUAUUUCAUUGCCACCUCUGCCGCACAUUAACAGUCCAAAUCUUAUCCCAAACCGAAUGCGGUUUCCUUCUGUGGAACCUGGAAAUAUUCCUCUUCCACCAGGUUCGAACCUUCAGCCAGUGGCAUCUCUUCCUCAGGUUUCAGCUCUCGCCCCACCUUCCUCUCUUCCCGCUGUCUCGCCACUUCCUCCUGUCUCGUUCAACAUGCUACCAACCGUGCCGACGAGCAUUGCGCCAACACCAGUCCUUGUAAACCCAUUGUUACUCAACGGACCAGUGCCAUUCCAGUCGCUUCCCAGAAUGCACCCUCCAGGCCCAGGUCCCCCAUUUGGUUGGCCGGUGAACUCCACACAGGUGAUCCCCGUACAGAAUCAGUUCGGACCCCCUAUUGUAUCCAGACCUCCUAUUAUGUCGGUAAUUCCACAGGCCAUGUUGAACGGAGGGAUGGAUGAAAUUCCUUCGGAAUCGGACUCGUUAUUCGCACGAAAUGCAAACAUGAAUAACUGCACAAGUGUUGUGCUGCCGACUCUGAAUCCAACAAUAAACCAGAUGAGUGUUGGGGCCCAGCGUCCCGGCCCAUGUCCCCGUGCAACUGAAACUUUGCCAUCCACAUCCAAAAUACUGAGUUCCACGAACAGUAAAGAGCCUGACAAACCGGCUAUACCCAUACAGCAGCUUCAGAAUAUAUCCACCCUGCUCAAAGUGCAGGCUUGUUUGGUGGGCAAGAAUUCUAAGCAUGAUGGCAUUUUCAAAGUUCCCCAGCCAGUGUCUGGUUCGAAGCACAAGUCGCGGGAGAACGAAGAUCCACUGGAUUCCAUGGAGAUGGUUGAUAUGGACUUGUCUCCCCUGGAUGAAGAGUGUGAAUUGGUGUUGCCCACACCUCCCGACACCGGAAUGAAAAGUAAAAAAAGUCGAAAAUCCAAACAUUCAUUGAGCAAAGCUGUCAAGGCACUUGCGUCUCAACAAGAUGAUAUGCCAUCUUCUGCAGCAGAGCUUACUAACAAGGAAAAGUAUCUGAAGAAACUGCACUUGCAGGAGCGUGUAGUUGACGAAGUGAAAUGUGCCAUCAAGCCCUACUACAGUAGUAAGAAGAUUACCAAAGACGAAUACAAAGAAAUCUUACGUAAAGCAGUACCAAAGGUGUGUCACAGCAAGGCAGGGGAGAUAAAUCCCAUGAAAAUUAAGUCUCUGGUUGAUGCAUACGUUACCAAGUUCUGUAAACGCAGACACAGUGGCGGUAAAAAGUCGAAAAAAGACGAUUCUAAGACAAAUGGAAUAAAAACCAAAACAUCUCGAUGAUGUUUACCCUGUACAUAGCUAACAGUAACAGAUUGUUUGUUCAGUUCAACAUUAUUAUCAGUGAUCAUGUGAUUUACAAAAAAAGAGAGAGAGAGAGAGAGAGGGAACUCCUGACUAGUUUGUGAUGUGCAUGAAUAUACAAGUGUGAUAUACAUCAGUGGAUGGUGGACAAUUUAUUGACAAAAUGCAGUUUUCUUUUGAAAGUAUGCAUUUGUGUGCUUGUUGAACCUUCUGGAUGUUACGUGAUGUGUUUUGGUGUCAAAAAUGUAUUUAAGUUUCGAAAUGUAGUUAAUUUCUCGAGAAGGAGAACACGGUAUGGAAGCUUCCUUUACAUUUCUUCAAGCUAUUAGUCCAAGGUUUAUUGAAAAAUGUGUGGAUAAAAGAUUUUUGUCUAUUGUAAAUAAUGUAGUCGUUCAGUCGGAUGGAUGGCAAUAUUUAAAAAAGUGUGAAUUUGAGUUCCAGUAGCGUUUUCUCUAGCUAGACCAAAAAAAAGAAACACUUUAAAUAUUAAAAAACCCACUUUUCCAUAUUUGCUAUAUAUGUCCCAGAUUUGAACAUAAGCACAUUUAGACCAAAUACAAAAAGUAUAUAAUUCCUACAGUCAUAAAAACAGCAAUUUAAUGUGCAAGAAUGUUGGAUAAACUAAAAACAUUUUUUAUGCCUUUUGUUUUAAAAAUAUUUCAUGUUCAAUAUUUUGGACCAGAAUUGGAAUUAAAAUUAUUAGGUUUGAUUUAAAAACAUUCAUAUUUUCAUUGUAUCAUUCAGAGGUAUGUUGUGAACAUAUUCUUGGUUUCAGGAGAUGCUUUUUACUGUAAACUCGCUGAACAGAAGAUAUUAACAUUUUUGUACAUUUAAUAUUUUGUAUAUUUUGGACUCCAAUUUUACAUUUUAAGGCAUAUCCUAAAUACCAUUUCUCUCUCCCCUAUUUCUCUCCCCCCCCCCCCCCAAAAAAAAAGUCAUAACUUUUAACAUAUUCAAAGAGGAAUUGAAACUGCAAAACUGACUGUAGGAUUGGAAAUAAGUUUGAUGUUAGCUGUUGUGUUGUGAGAGUUCUGUUAAAAUUUACUAAUAAGUUUCAUGGAGUUGGGUCAAUAACUUUAAUUUGAAGCUCAUUCUGUUUCAUACUGAAAAAGUAGACCGACUAUCCUGAAUUUCCUGCAUUGUAAUAUGCUUCCAACCAAUAAAACCUUUAACGACUAAAUUUACAUAUUAAAUAUAUAUUCUUGUUUAGAAUAUCAGUGUCUGUAUAUAAAAUGAAGUUUGACCAAGUAUAAACACAAACACAUUUAAUUUACAGCCACUAAUAUUUUAUGCAAAUAUAUAUAUAUAUAUAUAUAUAUAUAUAUAUAUAGAUUACAGUAGUUACAAAGUCUCUUUUGGACUUUUAACAACUAAAGCAAUUUCUGGAUAGUCCCUUUAAAACACUAAAGCUAGACAUAUUUUGCAAAUAUUUAUAAUUUUCAGCAUACGGUAGAAAAGUAUAUUGACAUUUGAGAAAGAAAAAAAAUGAUUUUAAUAUUAAGUACAAUUGCUUCAUUAAAAGCUUAAUUUAAAAGUGGCUUGCUUGAUAGAUUUAAAGGAUAUCUAUUUUGUUUUUGGUCAGAUGGCAAAUGUUACUGCUAGUUUUACUAAAGAAUAUUGAUUUUUGCAUGUGACACAAAUGAGAAUAGGACUUACAGCUGCUCUAAACUUUUAUGUCUGAAUGAAAUUGUCUUACUUUACAAAAUCUUGGAUUCUGUACCGAGAAAUAAGUUAUUAAUAUGAUCCAUCCAUACAAAGAUUUGAUCAUGUUCUGGGCUCUUAUAAAAUUGAAAUUAUCAAUGGUACAACAAAUAUAACUUGAUGAUGUGUACAAAAUGACAUUUGCAUCAGAUUUAUUACGAAUCUAGUCAAAAACUAAAUGGUUAUAUGUCAUGUAAGUUUCUCGAGUACGUUUGGUUACACACACACCUUGAGUGACAUUUUCAUGUCGUUAUAAUCUACCAUUUUUUUUAUUUUGUCUUAAUAAAAUUCUUUAUAAAAUACCAUAGCUGUAUUAGGUUAUUUUGAUAAGUGAUGAAUUUGGUAAUUUGUGUGGGUUUUAAAACCAAAUUAAGGAUAUUAAAGCUGCUAUCUCACUCAUAACUUGAAAUAAUUUCUUAGUGCAAAAUAAGUAAACCUGCUGUUGUUAUACUCAUUGCAUGUGGUUAAUUGCUCUGAUAUGACGUGUCUGUUGCCCCUUUUUAAAUCUAUUUACAAUUACAGUGACACCCCUCAAAGCCAAACUCUCAGAAUUCCUUUAAAACUGAAUAUGGUCUCUUUUUUAAAUGACUGUACAGAACAGAACCUCACUAAACCAGAUGCCCCUCAAAACAAACAUUUUCCUUUAAGUGGGUGUCCAGUUUAAAGAGGUUUCUUUGUACAUUGUUCUGUUAAAGAGUGAAAAUGGCCAGAGUAUGGGUUUUUUUUUUUUAGCAUUAAUGGUGAAUUAAUACAUUUUUAAAGACCUACAUGUAGAUCAACUGUAUCUAGGGAAUAGUGAAGACUGAUGUGAGGAAACGGGACCAGCUCGGGGGGGGGUCAGAAAGUUUCGCCAAACUAUUUAAAAUAUGCAAAACCUAAAGCUAUUUUCCAACAAAAUAUCAAUUGUCACACAAUUUCUUUUUUGCCAAAUUAAAAUAAAAGUACCCAAUUGUUCUUAAAAUUUGCAAUUGGCGAGUGGCAGAGCUAUCCGCGUGAAAAUAUUUUAAAUGCUUAAAUAAUUUUUAAAAUAUAUAGUUGAGAUUGCAGCUUCAACAAAUGGAGUAGGGUACGUCUUCAUAUUUAAUGUUAAAAAUUGUACAGUGUAACAAAUAUUACCUAUCGAUUGUACAAUGUAAGAAACAUUCUUGUUUCUUCAGAUAUUUACACCAUCUACUUUAAUGUAGCUACUCUAAACCAUUAACUAAUUGGUGCAGUUCUAGUACUUUUUGACUUCUGUUUUUUUUGGUUGUUAAUGAUUUGGGUUUUUUCAACAUCUGAAUACAUGUAUAUACUAGUAUAUAAAACCUGGAAGACUUAAGUUGUAAAGGAUUUUACAUUUUGAUAGCUUUAUUUAAUGUAGAUGUAUCACAUACCUUGGUUGGAUUUAUUUUGAUUAAAACUUAAGUCCA